GGAUGAAAAUAGAAGGGGAGUAUGAAGUAGGGGACGGUGUGGUGGGACGGGCCGAGAAGUCACUACGGAUCAGUCUACAGCGAUCAUCUCUAGGUAAGUACGGUCAGUGUUGACUGGCCAGAAUGUAGCGUAUAAGUACGACUUCACCACCUCCAGGGACCGGCACGUUUCGACAAGUCCCAAAAACCAGAACACGACCUGCCGCAGAAGCUUCGUUUGAGCCUCAACCGCCUUUCACCCAUACAAUUGCAUUGCCGCUUUCAGCUGCUCGCGGAGAAUACCAUUUCCAGUUGGGCUUGCGAGCAACCACCAUACACCACUACAUGCCACCAAGAGACGUCUGUAUAAGGCGUCUCUUCCACAGUCGCCAACACGUAUCCCAUCUACUUCCUCCCGCUUCAUCCCUUCUCCAUCGCAAUCAACCUUGACCACAGGAGGAUGGCGGAUGUGAGAUAUCCAUCUGUACACGCCAUGCCGUCGGAUAAGCCAAGCCAGAAGUACCACGCGUCUUGCCACUGUCAGCUCGUGCGCUACACCGUCACAUUAUCACCGCCCCUCCACGACAUAGAAAGCUGGGUAGUGGAGUGCAAUUGCUCGAUCUGCGCGCGAAACGGGUACUUGAACGUCUACGUGCAGAACGACUGCAUCCAGUUCGAGACGGUGGGAUUAGAGAGCGAACUAGUUGAGAAAUACCGCUUUGGCAAACAGCGUGUCCAGCACUACUUCUGCAGCCGUUGCGGCAGCAGUCUGAUGGCUGAAAGCAUCGAGCCAGGCUUCUACGAAGGCGUCAAAGCACUCAACGUCCGCAUGUUCCACGACGUCGACGUGCGCACCCUCCAGCGCCGCGAAGUCGACGGACGCAGCCUGUAGUCCCACGUGGCGUGGCGUAGCGCGGCAACGGGCAACAAACGGCAUUACAUGAUGCCAUGCAGCCCAGCAAACCCUCCGGUGCAUGCAUGGCACACAUGGGUUCGACACGCAAGAGUGUCGGACACCGAUCGUGUUCGUAUACACGCCCCUGUCCUCUUUGAAA